CGCCAUCCAGCAGGCAGCCCUGCAGGAGGCACAACUACAGCAGACAUUAGGACAGAUAAAAAGGGAGAAGGAGAUGAUGAUUAAAAGAAGAACCAGGAUGCAACGGAGAGGGGCAGACAUAGAGCAGUUAGAGACGAUGGACCUGACGCAUAUGAAUGAUGAUGUGAAGGUAGUUAGGAGGGCCCUGCUAGGCGUAAUUGAGAUGCAGGAGCAUGAAACUACCAUCCUUCAGGACAUUCAACAAAGCCUAGCCGUGUUGGCAGGCCGUGCUCAGGCAGCACCAUCACCAGUCAGGCCUGGUGCCUGGCCCAUGCCAUAUCCUCCUUUUUCUGUCCCACCAGUGACAGGGGUAUUCCCAUAUGUAGCCCCAUCAACGGUUGCAAUCGUUUCCCUGGGCAUGCUGCUGUCAGGAGGGGUAAGAACAGGGAGUAGUUUACAGGUUCCUAUACAGACAGUGUUCACUCAGAGUCCGUUGCAGGUUGCGGUCACCACGCAGCCUGCUGUCUCGCAACCUGUGCAGCCACAGGGCACACAGCCCCAACAGCUAGCACAACAACCUGUAUCAACGGGUCUACAACCCGGGGUGGUGCAGGGACCGGGACAAACUCAGUGGGUUCCGAAGACGGCCAUCGCCGCUCCCAAACCUUUUACAGGGGACAAGAGAGGCGAAUACCUUGACACUUGGUUGAGGGCGGUGCCGGUCUACGUCAGGUGUAAACUCACCUUGCCGCACGAAGAAGUGCUUGUGGCUGCAUCCUACCUAGAGGGUAGUGCAGCAAGAUGGUUGAGUGGUUUAGUUCAACUCCAGGGACACGGUCAUGACUUCCGCUCUUGGGCAGCCUCUCAGAAACUGGAGGACUUCCUAAAGAUGGUGGAAGUGAGAUGGCAUGAUCCUCAGGAGGCCCAAAAGGCCACUGAUGCGAUCCUAAAACUGCACACACGGCAGCUUAAGUUAGUUAGGGAAGCCACAGACGCUGUUGAGCGUUUAAUCUGUGUCCCAGGUGUGGGCUAUGACCCUCAGGUCCUGUUGACUUCGUACUUGAGAUGCUUAUCCCAGCCUCUCAGGAACCAGUUGGCAAAAGAGGCCAACAUCAAUAUGCACAACUUUCCUUCGUUCAACAAGGUGGCCCUAGACCUAGAAGCAAAGAUAGGGCAUGGACAGACACCCACUACGGACGGGAGGAAGAAGACACUGCCUCCCAACUGGAAAGCGAAGGGUCGUAUCAUGUUUGUCGACAACGAUGGUUCAACCAUCGAGUUGGACGGCAACUUCCAGGAGGGAGUAGGUGCAGAUGCGGGUGGUGAAACUUCAGAGGGUGGAGUAGUCGCCGCCAUAAGUCAACAAAAAGCUAAGGGGACUGGUAGACGCCGAGGGGGCUCCCGGUCUAGGAAUCAAGUAGACCCUAAUGCUCCCCCAUGGGAGAAGGCGGGUCUUUCAGAGGAUGUAUGGAGAGAUCGGUGGAACCGUCAGACCUGCAUUCGUUGUGGCCAAUACGGCCAUAGCCAGUUCAAAUGCCGGAAUAAGAAAGUCACCGAUAAGAUCCCGCCUACUAUGGGGCAGGUGGUAGGAUCCUCAUCUCCCGUAGGUAGCAAUGUUGCCAGUUCAUCAGGCACUGCUCCGGGAAACACGUACGAUCUGUACGAGUUUGUGGUGAUGCCUUUCGGCCUUUGUAAUGCUCCUGACACCUUCCAGCACGCUAUGAAUCGGUUAUUCCAUGACUACUUGGAUAAGUUUGUCAUAGUGUACCUUGAUGAUAUACUUAUCUUUAGUAAGAUUGUCGAGGAGCAUGCAGCACAUUUGGACAAAGUCCUCAGUCUCUUGCGACAACACAAGUUCAAGAUCAACGGUGAGAAGUGCGAAUUUGGCCGCCCCCGUGUCUUGUACUUGGGUCAUGAGAUCUCCGCGGAAGGGUUGAAGCCCGAUGACGCGAAGGUGACCAGCAUUCGUGAUUGGCCACGACCUCAGUUUGUGACUGAGAUGAGAUCUUUCUUAGGAAUGACAGGCUACUACCGGACUUUUGUAAAGAACUAUAGCAUAGUGGCCGCUCCUUUGACCGAUCUGACCCGCCUUGACACCCCGUGGGAGUGGACAGAAGAGUGCGAGGCUGCUUUCAGACAUCUGAAGCAUGCAUUGACGCACUAUGAGGUCUUGAAACUUCCUGAUCCUUACAAGCCGUUUAUAGUCACCACGGAUGCCAGCCAAUAUGGCAUUGGCGCCGUGCUUGCGCAGCAGGAGGGGCCGAAGUCACAAGCGGUUAACGGGGACCCCCACUUUUCGGCCCUGAGUAACCAUGCAUGAUCCUGAAAUUAGGGUUCGGGGUCAAAUUUUGUGUUUUAAAAAAAAAAAAAAAUUUGCCUGUUUUUUCUUUUGGACAAGC